CGACUACCGAGGGCUAUUUCAAGAGCUGUGCAAAGAUCGGCUGGGUUUAGACGUUACCGCAACGUUUUGCGUUGGCUCGAUGUUUGAAGACGGAGUUGGGCGGCCGCUGAUCCAUAUAAGUGGAUGGUAUCUAUCUCGUAGAUGUUGGGUUAUUUGAAUUCAUUGUGUUGGAGUAGGGAGGAAUCCGAAGAGGGUCCUGCCUCCUUCGCCAUUCUUGUUUUUUUGUUGGAAUGUCGGGGGGGUCUUGCAAAUUCUUCAAUAUUUGCAAGACCCCCACGAGAAUCCAACAAAAAAAUCGACGGUGUCGGAGGGGACGCCCAUAAGGAUAAGGGCGCCGAGCAGUCCAAUGACUUGUCUGACGCCCAUUCUGUAGAUGUUGCGUUGUUUUGAUCCUCUUAGAGUAAAAAAGGAUCACGUUAGUGUCGUACUUGCUUCACCUGUCUUUUUUUUGUUGGAUUGUCGGGGAGGUCUUGCAAAUUCUUCAAUAUUUGCAAGACCCCCACGAGAAUCCAACAAAAAAAUCGACGGCGUGGGAGGAAUUCCCCAUCAGAAAUUGGGCAUCGGUUAUCUCCAAUCCAUCUUUCCAAGGUAUGCACAGGGAGGGGAAUACACGUCGCCGAC